CGGCUGGCCGCUUCCGUGUUGAUGUGGUCGCAGGGUGAGGUGUUGUGCUGUCAGCUAAACAGUGAAGGAUUACCGGGAGCGGAACACCAAAGCCGGGGAAAGGAUGUUAAACUUCCCGUUAGGAACCGCUUCGACUCCUUGUUGUUUUCAAAUGGCGUAACGUCGCUCUGACGCGCAUCACCUGACCGUAAGCUCCAUCCCUGGAUCAUCACCAUGGCAUCCCCCAAGGCUAACGUUGGAGUGCAGCCGGACUCGAACCCGCACCCUCUGAAAGAGAGCAGGAGUGGCAACGCGGUGGCGGAAGACGAGGCAGCGACGCGCAGUGAGCGCGUGUACAGCCUGGACGACCUGGAGACGAUCGCAACCGUGGGCACGGGGACGUUCGGGCGGGUCUUCCUGGUCCAGGACCGGCGGGGCGGGGCCUACCUGGCCCUGAAGCAGAUGAGGAUCCCCGACGUGAUCCGUCUCAAGCAGGAGCAGCACGUCCACAACGAGAAGGAGGUGCUGAGCGAGGUCAACCACCCCUUCCUCAUACGCCUGUUCUGGACGCACCACGACGACCUCUUCCUCUACAUGCUGAUGGACUACGUGGCGGGCGGGGAGCUCUUCAGCUACCUGCGCUCGCGGGGUCGCUUCGGGAACGCCGCCGGCCUCUUCUACGGCGCCGAGCUGGUUGUCGCCAUCGAGUACCUCCACGCCCGCGAGAUCGUGUACCGCGACCUGAAGCCAGAGAACAUCCUUCUGGACGGCGAGGGACACAUAAGGCUGACGGACUUCGGCUUCGCCAAGAAGCUCUCUGAUAGGACCUGGACUCUGUGUGGGACCCCUGAGUAUCGCCCUGAGGUGAUCCAGAGCAAGGGCCACGGCCGGGCAGUGGACUGGUGGGCCCUGGGGAUCCUCAUCUUCGAGAUGCUCGCAGGAUACCCUCCGUUCUUUGACGACAAUCCUUUCGGAAUUUACCAGAAGAUCCUGGCGGGAAAGCUUGAAUUCCCUCGACACCUGGACUUCUACGUCAAAGACCUGAUCAAGAAGUUCCUGGUCAUCGACCGAGCCAGGCGACUGGGCAACAUGAAGAACGGGGCAGAGGACGUGAAGAAGCACCGCUGGUUCAAGACCAUCGAGUGGGACACGGUGGCCCAGAGGAAGCUCAAGCCCCCCAUAGUCCCCAAGGUGUCCCACGAGGGCGACACGUCCAACUUCGACGUCUACCCCGAGGACGACUGGAAGAAGGACACGCCGGUGCCCCAGAAGGACCUUGACCUCUUCAAGAACUUUUAAACGCCCACUGCCUGAGGGGGCUCCGGAUAAACUGCACCUUAAGGGGGCUCCAGAUUAUGAGCGCCUUAAGGGGGCUCCGGAUUAGCUGCACCUUAAGGUGGCUCCUGAGUACGGACCACUGCCCGAUUUAUUACUGGAAUAAUAAUAUUAAUAACUACAAUAAUGACGAGCAAACACGUGUGUGAAGGGAGGAAGGUGUGGACUGUCGCUGUUGGUACCUACGACGGAAAUCGCUUGUUUUUUGGUCGGUGUGCAGAGCAGAAUUACAAAAUAAUUACGAAAUUACGAAAAAAAAUCUUGAACAGAGCGAUAGGACUGCUGUAAUGUUCCAAUCGACUGAAAAGUUACAAAUGUUUAUCGGUGGCAUUUAUUGGUGACGUACGUUCUAUCAAGAGUAAAACAAGUUUGUUUAGCGACAGAAUGCUGCUUUAGUAUUCUGUCGCUAAACAACUCUUGCUCCGAGGAAGAUCGCUACUGGGAAAAACAAAAGGUAUAACUGGUGCUCUUGUCAGGAUAUUUCACCAGAGUGGAAAUAGUAAGACUUGUUUCCAUUUUCUGUUUUAAAUGUUUUCGUUCGGUUAUUUUAUUUUUUCCGAAGCUGUACUUGUUUUUCCGAUUUUUGUUUGUUAUCGUUUCGCUUGUUGGGGGUUUUGUUAAUUCUGUAUUUAAUUCUGAGCCUACUCAUAUGAUGCAAAAAAAACACAAACUUCUUUUCGGAAACCACUUGACUGUUACAUUCUAUGUUUAUUACACGAGGAACGGUCAGGUCUUUUUUAUAUUGUUGGGUUUUUAUACUUUGGUCGUCUGUCAGCGACGGGUUUUUGGGGAAAACCAAAGCUUUACAACCCCCCGCAAAAAGAAAAAAUCUUUCGGAAACUGAUUUCUUAUUUAAAUGUGUCUUGAGUUCAAGUCUUUUACGUUUGUCAUGCUAUGGGGUUGAAACCACCUCCACACUUGAUGCUAACAGCCUGCGAUCUACUCCCCUUACACUCGGAAACGCAUCAUGGUGCUUCUUACUUAAGUUUUUAUCAUUGCUUUUAUUUAAACGUUGAUGGUUUACAUGUGGAAAGCAUCGCGGUUUGUGUUGUGUUUUGAGGAUUGUGGUGUUUCCUGUCCGACCUUGUUUGGGUUUUGAUUUUUUUCAAAAAGCCUUUUUCUAAUAUGUUUUGUUUGUUUAUUGUUGUUGUUUUUUUUACAUGUAGGCACAAUCCUACCUGAUUUUUCUACUUGGUACCAAUUCAGCCUUUUUUUUUUACGAUAUCACUCCCUUUUUUAACUUUAAAGGUGACAUAUUAUAACACCAGGUGUGAGUGUGAUUAGCCUUUGCAAGCCAUUUUGAAAAGCUUCCCUUCUGACAUCACAAGUGGUCCACCUAGACUUACACUGGAUAGAUCAGUCUACCAGCCUACGCAGUGGACUGUAGCAAACGUUGCUCAUCUAUCCAGCGUACGUCUAGGUGGACACGCCCACUUGUGAUGUCAGAAGGGAAGCUAUUCAAAACGGCUUGUAACAGCUAAUCACACUCACCCCCGAUGGUAUAUUAUGUCACCUUUAACCGAGGGACACUUCCAAUAAGAGGGCGCAGAUUUGUAGGAAUGGAGCGAAUAAACACACCUUUAAACUUUCUUACUUAAAUCUCUUCCUUCUGUUUCCAUUUAAUUCAUUAUUCAUCUUGUUUUAUACAGGGAAUGGGUUAACCUAGCAAUUGAUAGUACUUGGUUCUAUGAACAUCCUUACUGUACCCAAAGAGAUAUAUUGUUUCUCUUUCUUCUGACAAAUGUACUACUACUUAUUGUAAGUCGCUUUUUGAUAAAAGCGUCUGCUAAACACCCUUAA